CUUUUCGUACAAUUGAAGAACUGAAAUUAGAAACCUGUGAUUUUUUCAAUUUCUGCUGGAAAAAAAGGAAAAUUCAAGUGUUGGAAUAUCCGGCAAUGGCUUCUCUGAAGCAAAACGUUGUUUCUGCUCUCUGUAAACACCUCUCUGUAGAUCCGAGUUCAUAUGCAAGUGAUUUGGGCGGUGAUUUGAAGAGCCUCUGCACAAGAAUUUUGAAGUCAUCGAAAAAUGGGGAUGCCAAUUUGAACACUGAUGACCUGAUGAAAUGGAUAGGGUUUACCGAGAGUUUUCUGGAGAAUUCCGAUGAUCGGUCGAAAUCGUUCAAAGAGUUGAAUGAAGAGUUGAGUACCAAGUCUACUCUGAUCGGCAAUGGACUGAAACCAUCUGCAGCUGAUGUUAUCGUCUUCUCGGCAGUGCAUUCGUCUGUGAUUGGUCUUUCAAGUUCAGAUAGAGCACAAUUGCCGCAUUUGUUGAGAUGGGCUGAUUACAUCCAUAACAAGGAGGACUUGGGGCAGCUAUUUGAAAAAUUGUCGCUAGAGAAAGUUCAGUUUGCGCCCCCGGUACUAAAACCCGUAAAGAAGGUCGAAGAUUCCAAUGCAAAGAAACCCGUGCAAGAGGCAAAAUCCAAUGUAAAGAAAAUCCCACAAGAGGCGAAAGAGGUGAAAUCCAAUGAAAAGAAAACCGCACCAGAGGCGAAAGAGGCUAGUAGUUCGGAGACAGACUCUAAAGUAAAGAAAAGUGCUGACGCAAAAAAGAAGAAGGUUGAAGAAGGUCAAGCUAAGACGGAGAAGAAGAAACCUGCUGAGAAAGAGAAGGACAAUAAAGACGAAGAACUUAGUGUUAGUUUGCUCAAAAUUCAGAUUGGUCGAAUUCGUAGCGCGCGGAAACAUCCAUCAGCAGACAGUUUGUUGGUUGAGGAGAUAGAUGUUGGAGAAGCAAAAUGCAGGCAAGUAGUUAGCGGCCUAGCAAACUACUGCACUCCAGAAGAAUUAACGAACCGCCUCGUGGUACUGAUAACAAAUGUAAAACCUGGCAAGUUACGAGAUAUGAUGUCAGAGGGACUGGUCUUGUGUGCUACAAAUACAGACCAUACAGCUGUCGAGCCUCUAAUUGCUCCCGAUGGUGCUAAACCUGGGGAAUAUGUCACAUUUGCCGGACAUGACGGCAAGCCAGAAGAGGUAUUAAACCCCAAAAAGAAGCAACUCGAUAAGAUAACUCCGCAUCUUAUCACCGACGAGGCGUGCGUUGCAACAUUCAAAGGCAUCCCGUUUAUGACUUCGUCUGGACCAAUCACUUCUUCUUUCCCAAAGGCAAGCAUCAAGUGAUACGGAAAUCGUACAAAUUUUAUGCUUUAGACAUGAAACGUAAUUCUACAAAUUUUAUUUGUAAUUGUACAAUCGAAUUCUUGUUUGCCAACCAAUUUGACGCAUUACUCAUCACACUCGUCACUCGAGUUGGAUUUA